AUGGAUGUGCCUGCUGCAGACUUUCUCGAGUCUGUCAGCCACGCACGCCAUGGCCAUGCUCGAAAUGUCUAUCCAGAGCUGUCGCGCCAGCAAACGGUGUUCGAAUAUGUUGGCGCAGCCGAGGCCGCUGCUAUGCUGAACAAACGAAAGAGUCUUCGACUUCGUCCUACCGAAUCUUUUGAGCAACAGGAUGCCGCCCCUCUUCAACCCUUAAGGAAUCCCAAGAGCCAACCCGAUCUACGAUCCCGCGUGUCCACAAAAAUGUCGCUAUUCAGUCUCUUCAGCAAACCCAAGGUUGAGAAGCAUCGCGGUGCUGCUGAACUUGCAUGGAACCCGGCUCCUCUGAGCGCUGGUUCUGGUAGUCACAAGGAGCUCACCGGCCCUGCCAUUGGUGUCGACAACGAGCCAAUCGAGCCGCGCCCGAGGACGUCCAGAUCUCAAUCUCGAUCUGGCUAUCGUAUGAAGUCAAGAGACCCGCCACCGCCCGUUCCCGCCAUUCCGAACGAUCAGAAGCUACGUCCAUUGGAAGCACUGCCACUAUUCCAGAUCUGGCCUCAAGCGAUUCGACACGGAUUUUUCCAAUCUUCGACUUGGACCUCACAGGAAUUGCUUCCGCAUAAGCAGCGCAGUUCCAAUGUCCCGGAUGAGUCGACUGACAGGUCACAAGAAAGCAAUGGGGACGGCACAUCAGGCGCGGAUGCUACUGGUCCCGUGCCGGCAUCAUUGAAACAUGGCUCCUCUGCAUCGCGGACAGAAGACUCGCACGACAAACUUUUCAUCCUGGUCACGUCUGGCUGCCUUCUGCAGUACGCGGCAACUGGCUCCAGCGAACGAAUGCCCGAGAAGAUCCUUCAGCUUGGGAAGGACUCUGCAGCGUAUGCAUCCGAUUCUAUACCUGGAAGACAUUUUGUUCUCGAAGUUUCCCAGGCUGUUGACGCCAAUGGCGAGAGCGUUGCAGGAAGUUCGUCUAUCUUCUCCAGGCUUACGAUCAGAAGUGCAGCGGCGAGAAGAGCCACGGCUAAGCUCCUCAUCGUCAUGCCGGGUGCCACGGAAAUGGAAGAAUGGAUGGCUGCGAUCCGCACAGAAAUCCAUGCACACGGCGGAAAGCAGACGCACUCCUCCUCCUCCGCUAUGCGAGCGGAGUCGCGAAUCGGAGAUGUUGCAAAGCAUACUGAUGCGCCGAGUCAGAUGCGACAGAUGCACCGUUACCAAGUCAAACGCGAUCCUUCCAGAGUUGUGAGCGUUGUUUUUCAAGAUGACAAUGUCUUCGAUCUCCUGUCGGACCGGGAUAUGCAGAUUAGCAGACGACACCCCGAGGUCGAGACGUCGCAGGACACUGCUGUGGAAAUUGUCGACUCGGAGAGUGGGCAUAUGGAUGACCGACCACGAGCGGCGUCAGAUGCGGAAUCUACAGCAUCAUCGACAGCUCACUCGAUGGGUCAGCAGUCGUUGGACAAACUGCGCGACAGUACACGAGUCUCGCACACAUCGACGGCGACAACGCUGACAAACACCUCCCGCACCAACUCCAUGACUUUGGAUCAGCCCAAGACACCCAGCGAGAGCAUGAGCAAUCGCAAUGUCUCCUCGUACAGCCUCGCCAAACGUCGCUCUGCGGUGCCAAUCGCCAUCAACGAUGUCUCGUCAAGAACUGGAGCUGCGCUCACCAGUCCUUCCCCACCGAAAAGGGUUUCAUCGAUAGGAUUGUCAGCACCUGCGGUGCGACCGCCAUCUGCAGAUCGGAUCCAUCCAUCGCUGAUUCGACUGUCUAUGGCUCAAAGUGCACCCUUUGUGGACCGUAAUGGGAGACGAGAGUUCAAAAAAUCGUCUUCUGACGGCAGCAAGCGACCGGAGUCUAUUCUCGGCGAUCUUCCCAAUCCCACGAGCUGGGCAAAUCGAGGCUCAGCCGCUGGAUGGUCCGCUUCUUCACAACAUUCAGUCACUGAACGAAAUCCCCAGCGACAUUCCUCUCGUGCGAGCACCGAUUCGGUGGUGCCGACUCUGUCUUCCACGAGAUCGUCACGCUCCUUUAGCAUUCCCUUGCGAAUCAACACCACCGUCAUUCCAGACCCCAAUGCAAUCGAAUGCAUGACCAUCAGCUCCGAAGCCGUCAACUCUGCAGUGCGCUUUCCAGAUGUUGUCACUCGUCCCGACUCUCAGAUGUCUGGCCGAAGCACGCCGGUUGAUUCUACUUCCCGGCGUGAUGCUUCGUCCGGUCGGCUCUCAUUAUUUCCGUCUUCCACGCCGCCUUUGGGAGCCGGUCCAUCGGCGCCUACUCAGCAGCCACGCCUGUCGGUCGCCACGAACAUGCUCCACGAACAUGCUCCAGCUUCGUCGAGGCUCCGCCCAAGCAGCGUACAAGCUCGCGCCGACCAUGAUGCGGCUCACCGAGAGUCCGCGCAAUCCCACCCCAAAAGCGCUCACCCGACAUCUGAGCCGCAGUACUUCCCGAUCAUGGCACCGACCAGGCAGUUGAGAAUGACACGAUCCAUUGCGGCAAUGGAGAGAACAACGCCUACGACUUCAGAAUCAGAAUUCCAUUCUCAACCACCACAACACUUCAACUUCACCACCCGCCGGCUCGUCGAUGACCAUCACCGGCCAUUGUACUCACAAUUCCACGUCACCCACAUGCGCUCGAGCUCACCCUCCCGACCAGCCACGAGCAAUGUCAGCUUCCCACCCACCUCCGCUCUACCCACAUCUCGACCGUCCUCCCGCAGCAGCCGCAGACUCACCCGCGAUCAUCCUCCUCAACACACGGAGACGCGCCGGAGCGUCAGUCUCGCUCCGAACAUGCACAUCCCCGUGCGCAUCGACCUUUCGCUGCCGAUGCUUCCUCCUCCCGCUCCACCGCCAAGCGCACCUCUACCGGCUCUCCCACCCUCUGCCAGGAGCUCAUCACGCCCGAGCGAGCGCGCCAAGUCGCCGGAAUUGUUGGGUCCGCUGCGGGAAAGGAGUGGGAAUGAGAUCCGGCCUUCUCCGCUCGGACAAGCUUUGCUGAAGCGAUUCGUCCCCGGCACGCCAUUAGGGGAAGCGAUUGGCGCGAGGCUUGCUGAAAAUUCAAAGAUGGCAGCUGAGCCGGAAUGUCACGAAAUCGAUCCUGGUCGGGACGGAGCGGUGGCUCCAAUUCCUCAGACCGUACCAGCGACAGGAUUUGGUAUCGAGGUCGCUGCAGCAUGA